AUGGAAAAUACCUCUCUCCCUGAGCCUAAUUCUUCAUGUGUGGCUGGGCACACAGACUGUGCAAGAAGAGGAGAUGCAGAGCUGAAUAUUCCCACUCCCCCACCAAGCCCCAGCUCCUACAUCACGAUGCCUGUCAUCUAUUCCAUCAUCUGUGCCGUGGGACUGACAGGUAACACUGCUGUCAUCUAUGUAAUCCUCAAAGCUCCGAAGAUGAAGACAGUCACCAACAUCUUCAUCCUCAAUUUAGCCAUUGCUGAUGAGCUUUUUACCUUGGUGCUGCCCAUCAACAUUGCUGACUACCUGCUCCUACAAUGGCCCUUUGGAGAGUUCAUGUGCAAGCUCAUCAUCUCCAUAGACCAGUACAACAUUUUCUCCAGUAUCUACUUCCUCACCGUUAUGAGUGUUGACCGCUACCUUGUUGUAGUGGCCACCACCAAGUCCAGGAAGAUGUCUUACCGCACCUACCGAGCUGCCAAGAUUCUCAGCCUCUGCAUCUGGUCCUUAGUCACAGUCAUCAUCUUGCCUUUCACUGUCUUUGCUAAGGUACACAAGGAGCAGGGGCGCUCCCAGUGUGUUUUCGUGUUCCCUCAUCCUGAAAGCCUGUGGUGGAAAGGCAGUCGGAUCUACACCCUUGUCUUAGGCUUUGCUAUCCCAGUGUCCACCAUCUGCACCCUCUACACCAUCAUGUUGUGCAGAUUGAGACGUGUGCAUCUUCAUAGCAAUGCAAAAGCCCUGGAUAAAGCAAAAAAAAAAGUGACACUGAUGGUGGUUGUCAUCCUGGCUGUGUGUCUGUUCUGCUGGACACCCUAUCACCUUAGCACAGUGGUGGCCCUUACCACAGACAUCCCGCAAACUCCUCAAAUUGUUGGGAUUUCCUACUUCAUCACUAGCUUGAGUUAUGCCAACAGCUGCUUCAACCCUUUCUUGUAUGCCUUUCUGGAUGACAGUUUCCGGAGGAGUUUUCGCAAACUGAUGGACUGCAGAACCACCUCAUAGAGCCAACACGAUGUUCCCUUCUCACUGCUAUCUGCUCUUUCUGAGGGUAUUGAGCCCAAAGAAUGCUUUUGCUCCAGCUCCACUGUGAUGGUCCACAGUGCUUCAGAUUGUUUCACUGCCCAAAUUACAAACUGGGGACAGAUGGGUCAUUCUCAGCUUUCUAGCACCUAUUUCCUCAGCAUUGCUUUCCAUCUCUUUCCCUAGUGUUUGU